AGAGGCAGCAUGAUAGUAUAACGGAAUCAGCUCUACAUCAAUCUUAUCUUUUUAUACCAUUGCGUGAUAGUUAAUUUACAGAGUGAUAUUUUCUGCAAGUAAUAGUGGUUGUUAAUUUAUUAUUGUAUACAUUGUUUUGCUUAACUCAUUUAUAUUAAAAAAUGUUCCGCAAUCAGUAUGAUAGCGAUGUCACUGUAUGGAGCCCACAGGGUCGUUUGCAUCAAGUAGAAUAUGCAAUGGAAGCUGUAAAAUUAGGAUCAGCAACUGUUGGUCUUAAAAAUAAAACACAUGCUAUUCUCAUUGCACUUAAAAGGGCAUCCUCUGAACUUUCUGCUCAUCAAAAAAAGAUUAUUCCCAUUGAUAAACAUAUGGGAAUUACAAUUUCUGGUCUUACUGCCGAUGCUAGAAUAUUAAGCCGAUAUAUGAGAAUUGAAUGUUUAAAUUAUAAAUAUUCUCAUGAUGAUGUACUUCCUAUUAGUCGCUUAAUAGCAACAUUAGGAAAUAAGAUGCAGACUUGUACACAGAGAUACGAUAGACGUCCAUAUGGAGUAGGGUUAUUAGUAUCUGGUUAUGAUGAUCAGGGACCUCAUAUAUACCAGACUUGUCCAUCUGCAAAUUACUUUGAUUGUAAAGCAAUGGCUAUUGGAGCUCGUUCUCAAAGUGCACGAACGUACUUAGAAAAACAUCUUAAUGAAUUUUUGACAUGUGAUCUUGAUGAACUUGUGAAACAUGGUCUUAGAGCAUUACGUGAUACAUUGCCGAAUGAAGUAGAUUUAUCUGUUAAGAAUGUUUCUAUAGCAAUCGUGGGUAAAGGCGUUGAUUUUAUAAUCCUAGAUGAGUCAGCAACGUCUGAUUAUUUAAGCCAAAUUGAAGGAGAUGAUAAAAGAGGAAGACCGGCUAAAUCGAAUGUUGAAGACGACAGUAAACCACCUCAGGAUCCACCCGCUGAUAAGGAUCCACGCGAUCCACAAGCUGCCGUUGCUAUGGAAACAGAUUAAUUUAAAAUAUAAUAAAAAUAUUAUAAUACUUGUAUAAAAAAUAUGGUCACUUUAUUUUCAAGUUUUGUUCUUUAAAUAUUGAACAUACGAGUAAAAUACUUAUCAUUUAUCAUCUGCACAUAUAAAACCUCUAGAUGAUUGGUUAUAUUACAAACAUCUUUAAUUACAAAUUUGUAUAAUUUUUAUAUGUAAUAGUAUACAUUUAUUUCUACUAUA